GGCAGUGCGGCUGGCAGCUCCUAACCUGACGACUCUACGGCAGUUCUCAUGAAUGGGAGUCAGAUUCCAGCCCGGAGAGUCCCCUGUGAGCUUCAACACUGAGCGACAACAAACAACAUUCACUUUUAAUUCGAUUAUUCUGGUUAAAUAAUUCAUCAGCUCAUAGACAAGUCUCACUGCAGCAGAGGGACACUUUGCAAACUUUGCCACAUGGAAAACAGCUCUGAGACUGGGAGAUCCUGAUCACAGGGAACAGAUCAAUAACGAGGAACCAUCUGUGGUCUGUUAACAGAAGACUGCUGGAUCCUGAAAUGCCAGAAGACGCUAGCAAGGAGGCCAUGAGAACACCAGCGACACCAGAGAAGGCCAACAACGCAGAGCGCCCCGCUGUCGCCAUGACAGCCCUAAACAUCCCCCUAGUUAAUGAAGUGCAGCUGACCGCAGCCACCGGCGGGGCAGAGCUCUCCUGCUAUCGCUGCACGAUCCCGUUUGGUGUGGUAGUGCUCAUUGCAGGCAUCGUGGUCACCGCGGUCGCUUACAGCUUUAAUUCGCACGGCUCCACCAUCUCCUAUUUUGGCCUGGUGCUCCUCUCUGCAGGACUCUUGCUUUUAGCGUCCAGUGCCAUCUGUUGGAAGGUGCGGCUGGAGAGGAAGAAGGAGAGGCGGCGGGAGAGCCAAACGGCCUUGGUUGCAAACCAGAGGAGCAUUUUCACUUGAAGCGGCGGUUUAAACAACGCAGCUCCAGGUUUUUUCUGAGUCUGAAAAGGCCUGAUCUCGACACGGUUUGAUGAAGAACCAGCUGAAGGCAGAUGUUGUCCAGAAUGUUUCUUCAGUUUCCGACCUGUAAAAGCUCCGACUCUAAAGGCUCAGAAUUCAAAGCUUUACAGACAUUGUGAGGGAUUUAUUUGUCAAACAGACGUGGAGCAUCUGGUAAGCUGGGAACACAGCCAGAAGGAAUGUAUCACAAUUAAGAUGAAUUACCACUGUGCGGAGUGGCGUAGAGGAAGUCUCCCAUUAAUCGGCUGUUGGAUGUGCUGCCUUUGAUUGCAGCUGGUUUGAAAAAGUCCAGAACAAUGACUCUCGCGUCAUUUCCUAGGCUUCAACUUGCAAAUAUCUGUUUAGAAAGUCUCAUCUUGCAGGAAAUGGGGAGAAAUGACCUGCUUUUGAAGUAUGGUACGUUAUAAUGGCUGAGAAGGACUAUUAAAUUUUGAAUAUGCAUCCUCUUAAAGCACUUUGAUCCAACAUAUUCAUCAUAUUAUGUAAUACAUUUCUUUAAAAAAAUAAUGCAAAGAUAAAUCCACAUUUUAUGUAGCAAUACUUAAUGUGGAAAACUACAUUUUUACUGUCUAUAGCUCAUAUUGUGUAAAAUUAAACUAGCAGCUUUGUUUUAGCGUAAUCAUUUGCAUGUAUUCAUUGUUACCACAUGAUCAUGAUGUUUAAUAAAAUCAUUUUAUCAAG